GGGAAGCCUCCUCCUGCUCGAGUUGUGAGGCCUGCGGAGGGGCGGAGGACAGAUUGCCCGCCCUCGGCCCUUUCCCGCCCACCUGUGGCUGGAAGUCCAUGUGGUACCCGUGUCCUUCCUUCGUUGACGCUGGCGUUGGUUCGCACACAUCGGUUUCCAUAGCUAAGACCAGUUUUUAUUACUCCUCCUAAAGGGAUGGGCGGUCCAGUUUUUCUUGGGAUGGCCGUACCAGUACCAGGCACAAAUGAUGCAAAAUGUGCACCUGGCUCCAGAGACAGAUGAUGAUGAUCUUUAUUCUGGUUACAAUGACUACAAUCCAAUCUAUGAUACUGAGGAAUUGGAGAAUGAUACAGGUUUUCAGCAAGCAGUGAGAACAAGUCAUGGCAGAAGACCUCCUAUAACUGCUAAAAUACCAAGCACUGCAGUUACUAGACCUAUAGCUACUGGAUAUGGGUCCAAGACAUCCCUGACAUCAUCAAUGGGAAGACCAAUGACAGGGGCUAUUCAGGAUGGAGUAACUAGACCCAUGACAGCAGUGAGAGCAGCAGGUUUUACCAAAGCAUCUUUGAGAGGCUCUGCAUUUGACCCACUUGGUCAAUCAAGGGGCCCUGCUCCUCCUCUGGAAACCAAAAACGAAGAUAGUCCAGAAGAAAAGAUUAGACAAUUAGAGAAGAAAGUAAAUGAGUUGGUAGAAGAAAGCUGUAUUGCUAACAGUUGUGGAGACUUAAAAUUGGCCUUAGAAAAGGCAAAAGAUGCAGGAAGAAAAGAGAGAGUCCUGGUGAGACAACGGGAACAAGUUACAACUCCAGAAAAUAUCAAUUUGGAUUUAACGUACUCCGUUCUUUUCAACUUGGCCAGUCAGUAUUCAGCUAAUGAAAUGUAUGCAGAAGCACUAAACACAUAUCAAGUUAUAGUGAAAAACAAGAUGUUUAGCAAUGCAGGGAGACUGAAAGUGAAUAUGGGAAAUAUUUACUUAAAACAAAGAAAUUAUUCCAAAGCCAUUAAGUUCUACCGAAUGGCCUUAGACCAAAUCCCAAGUGUUCAUAAAGAAAUGAGGAUUAAAAUAAUGCAGAAUAUUGGUGUUACAUUUAUUAAAACUGGUCAAUAUUCAGAUGCCAUUAAUUCAUUUGAGCAUAUAAUGAGCAUGGCACCAAAUCUGAAAGCAGGCUUCAACCUAAUUCUUAGUUAUUUUGCCAUUGGAGACCGAGAAAAAAUGAAGAAGGCAUUCCAAAAAUUGAUUGCUGUUCCGUUAGAAAUUGAUGAAGAUGAUAAAUAUAUUUCACCAAGUGAUGAUCCCCAUACAAACCUAGUGAUUGAAGCUAUAAAAAAUGAUCAUCUCAGGCAAAUGGAACGUGAAAGGAAAGCCAUGGCAGAAAAAUACAUCAUGACAGCUGCAAAACUCAUUGCUCCUGUAAUUGAAACAUCUUUUGCUGUAGGAUAUGAUUGGUGUGUGGAAGUAGUGAAAGCUUCUCAAUAUGUAGAACUAGCCAAUGAUCUGGAAAUAAACAAGGCAAUUACAUACUUGAGACAGAAAGACUUUAACCAAGCAGUAGAUACCUUAAAAAUGUUUGAGAAAAAGGACAGUAGAGUGAAAAGUGCAGCUGCAACCAACCUUUCAUUCCUUUAUUAUCUGGAAAAUGAUUUUGCACAAGCCAGCAGCUAUGCAGAUUUAGCUGUGAACUCUGAUAGAUAUAACCCAUCAGCUCUUACUAAUAAAGGGAAUACAGUUUUUGCAAAUGGUGAUUAUGAGAAGGCAGCUGAAUUCUAUAAAGAGGCUCUAAGAAAUGAUUCUUCUUGUACUGAAGCCCUUUAUAAUAUUGGCCUUACUUAUAAGAAGCUAAACCGACUGGAUGAGGCUUUGGAUUGUUUCCUGAAGCUUCAUGCAAUUCUACGAAACAGUGCCCAAGUUCUUUAUCAGAUAGCAAAUGUAUAUGAAUUAAUGGAAGAUCCCAAUCAAGCUAUUGAAUGGCUAAUGCAACUGAUCAGUGUUGUUCCCACUGAUUCUAAAGCUUUGUCUAAACUAGGAGAACUAUAUGAUAGUGAAGGAGAUAAGUCCCAAGCAUUCCAAUAUUACUAUGAGUCAUAUAGGUGUUUCCCUUCUAAUAUUGAAGUCAUUGAGUGGCUUGGGGCCUACUACAUUGAUACUCAGUUUUGUGAAAAAGCCAUUCAAUACUUUGAAAGAGCUUCUCUUAUACAGCCUACACAAGUGAAAUGGCAGCUGAUGGUAGCUAGUUGUUUUAGAAGAAGUGGUAACUACCAAAAAGCAUUAGAUACUUACAAAGAUAUUCACAGAAAAUUUCCUGAAAAUGUUGAAUGUCUGCGUUUCUUGGUUCGCCUCUGCACAGAUAUUGGAUUAAAAGAAGUUCAAGAAUAUGCCACAAAACUCAAGAGAUUGGAAAAAAUGAAAGAAAUAAGGGAACAGCGUAUAAAAUCAGGCAGAGAUGGCAGUGGGGGCUCCCGUGGCAAAAGAGAGGGAAGUGCUGGCAGUGAUAGUGGCCAGAACAGUAGUGCCAGUAGUAAAGGUGAACGACUCAGUGCCAAACUCAGAGCUUUACCUGGGACAAAUGAACCUUAUGAAAGUAGCAGUAACAAAGAAAUAGAUGCUUCCUAUGUGGAUCCACUUGGCCCUCAAAUAGAAAGACCAAAAACUGCAGCCAAAAAAAGAAUCGAUGAAGAUGAUUUUGCUGAUGAAGAAUUAGGAGAUGAUUUGCUUCCAGAAUAAUAUACCCUUUAAUAUGUUAUUUAUUAAAGGAAAUUGCCUUAAAAGAUAAUACUCAUGUUAAACUUGGAUUAAAUAGCCAAACCUUAAUAUUGUACUCUGUAAAACUUUAUGUAUAUUUGUCCUAUAUGAGUAUGGACUUAAGAAUAAAAACAUGUAAAACUAA